AUGGAGAAGCUAAACACUGAAGAUGGACAACUCUUCAUCAAGAACCUUGCCAGCUUCGUCCGCACGCACGAAAAGGCGCUUGCAAACGCUUUGCAGCUCCGCCGCCAGUCCAAGAAUGUCGUAACCCCACAAUCGCCCACCAGUUCUUCGAGCGCUGGCGCCUCCUUUUCCUCUACCUCCCUGACUCUGGCGGCAGCAUUGUCCUUUGGCGCAUUGAAAUUUACCUCGCAAAACAUCAAGCCCGCCAAACUCACCCUGACCCCUCACCACCUCUUCUACCUCCUGUCGCGCUUCGAGGACCUGUCCAUUGCGGUUGGCCCGAUGAAUGUGCGGCUCGAGAACAUCCAUACCGAAGUCUCCCAGUCUUAUGUCUCCUUCUUGAACAAACCACAGCGGUCCAAGGGCGAUGGAGCGUCGAUCCACUCCGUCUCUAGCGUUCGUAGUGUCAUGUCUGGCAUGAGCGGCCUCUGGUCCUCCUUCGGCCUUGGAUCCAAGGACUCGAUUUCCAAGUCUGACAAGGCCAAGGUCGCACUGGAAGCAGAUCUGAAGUACCUGUACUCGGCCUUCACCAAGAUCCCCUGCCUGCGCCUGGCCCCGGACCACCGCGCACGCUUGAUCCGUGGUUAUGAAGAGUUUCCAUUCGAUACGGCUGUGCCGCUCCAUUCCUUCAAAAACUUGAGCGCUUUAGAGAUUAUUGACAUAGAUUACCGCUCCUUCUAUGGCUGGGACCGUCUGUCCGAGCAGCUGCGCACCUUGACCGUCAAGCGGGCUCAUUUGGAUGACCCGGCUGAUCUGUUGACGAGGAUCGUGCUGGACGACAUCGACAAGCGUCGCCGUCGUUCGGCCAAGUCUCAACAGUCCCCGCCGCUGGGUUGGACCGGCGGCUCGGGCACACAGCCAGUUCAUACCCCUGACCAUACCUCCAUCUCGGCGCCUGGCUCUCCCAUUGCUGAGACUGCGCUUGCUAGUAGCACCAGUCCCAAGUCUGUCCCCAUGAUGCGAGCCGGUUCCGAGGGGACAAAGAUCCGCGCUCGGGCGGAGAGUAUCUCGCCUACUCGGCCGUCCACGAAGCAUAGUCACCGUCACAGCCGCGGUCAAUCUGCAAGGAUUCGUCGCACCGGGUCCGGUAGCUCGAACUCGAGCGAUACAUCCGGUGGCUAUCGGACUGGCGGCUCGGCGACUCUUCUGCCUGGUGUUCUCCCUCCUUCGAAAUGGCGGUUCUUGCGACACCUGGGGCUUCCGGAAAACUCGUUGACCUCCAUCUCGGCUGCCAGUCUUGCUCCCGUGGCCAAUACUCUCAACUCCCUCGAUCUGUCGUCAAACCUCUUGACUGAGAUUCCCGACAGCUUGGCAUCGCUCAUGGCUCUGCGUGCGCUCAACUUGUCCCACUGUAUGAUAGAUUCCUUGCACUCCCUGACGCGCAACCCGCUCCCUGCGAUCACUGCUCUCAACCUUCGUGGCAACCGACUUCGCUCACUCGCUGGUAUCGAACGUCUCCUUUCCCUGGAGCGCCUGGAUCUCCGCGAUAACAACCUCAUGGACCCGACGGAAAUGGCACGACUCACCAGUCUCCCUGAGAUACGGGAGAUUUGGGUGUCCGGAAACCCGUUCGUAAAGACUCACUCCGGCUACCGCGUCAUCAUCAUGAAUCUCUUCCGUCGCACUCCUGGCUACGCCGAGGACAUAAUUGUCGAUGGUCGUGGACCCGGCUAUACCGAGCGCAAGCAACUGGUGGACCGUGUGGCUGAGCCCGAGGGUGCUCCAGUAGUUCGCUCGAGUGCGGCAGACCAGUCGGUCAUCGUGCACAAGCCCACCGGUGCCAUGGUAUCCCAGGAAACUCCCCCACCGGUGCCCCCAAAGGAUGAGAUGGACAUUCAUCCAAAGAGUGGUCAGCAGCAGGAGACCGAAGGUGGGACCAACCGUCGGAAGAAGAUCCAGCGGCGCCGCAUCGUCGACCUCUCCACUGACAAUCCAUUCACUACCGAUGGCCUAGGAGUCCCUGGGCCAACCAUGCCGGCAGUCCUCCCGAUGCAGCAGCUGGACAGUCCGAUCAACACUCCUGUCGUGCUUCCAUAUGAACAUCAAUUACGGCUCGACAGCGGCACUCCAUCAGGGUCAUCCAGCAUUCAAAGCCCGGUCAAGCAUGUGCACUCCCUAAGCCCCCAGGCUGCGGUGGUUCCACCAACCCCGAGCAAAGACUGGACCUUGGAUGAGGAACUCUGCCGGCAACAGUUGGAAGACUUGCGGCAGGAAGUGGGACAUAGCUGGAUCAGUGUACUGGGAGACCAUCCCUGGGACAAUGCGCAGAAAACCUUUGCUGCGCAUCAUCUGGCGGGGGCUGGGCUGGAUCACGCAACCCUUCCGACAGCGCCCCUUGUCUGUGCAAAUAGCCAUGCUAUCUUGAGUGGAGGCCAUGUGUUGGGUGGUUGA